CCCUCCCCUCCCAGAUCUCAAGUCACAUCUCCAGUGCAGACACAGCCCCACUGAUUAGCGCCCGCUCUCCCCAUGUGAAUGGGACAGAGAGAGAGGAGGGCGCACCCUGACCCCCCCACCCUACCCUGAGCAGAGGAGGAAGAGGAGCAGGGGUGGGGGGAGGAAAGUAGAGGGAGACCCCCCAGAAUCACUCAGCAAAGGGGGAGCAGGCAGCAAGCCGGGGCAGUGCGCUCAUGCAUGACCGGGUCUAGUGGUUCUCCCCGAGACGGCGAACUUUGGGGACCCUCCGCCCCGGAACUGGAGAAGUUUCUCAGCCUCCCACCCCCCUCGGCGGAGAUCUGGCCCAGGAGAAGCAGCCGCUACCCAUGCCCCAAGCGGGGGGUUGAAGUUGAGCCUUGAUUCCAGACGCUGUCGAGCCAAACAGGUCCUGCGAGCAAGUCAUGAUGGUUGAAUCUGCCUCGGAGACAAUACGCUCCACUCCCUCCAGCCAGAACGGGGUCAGCAGCCUCACCAACCAGACAGACGGAGGAGGCGGCGGUGGCGGCGGUGGAGGAGGAGGAAGGGAAGGAGGCGGCGGGGAAACCAAUGGGGAAAUGAGUCCGGUGGAACUCCUGCAUUUUCAGCAGCAGCAGGCUCUCCAGGUGGCGAGACAGUUCCUUCUGCAGCAGGCCACGGGGCUGACCUCUCCUAGCAGCAAUGAGAACAAGCAGCCCGCAGUCCAGGUCCCCGUGUCCGUUGCUAUGAUGUCGCCGCAGAUGAUCACGCCACAGCAGAUGCAGCAGAUCCUGUCUCCUCCCCAGCUCCAAGCUCUGCUACAGCAGCAGCAGGCGAUCAUGCUGCAACAGCUGCAGGAAUACUACAAGAAGCAACAGGAGCAGCUUCACCUGCAGCUAUUGACACAGCAGCAAGCCGGAAAGCAGCAACCCAAAGAGCAGCCAUUAGGGAAUAAACAGCUGGCGUUUCAACAGCAACUACUGCAGAUGCAACAGCUGCAGCAGCAGCACUUGUUAAACCUUCAGCGACAGGGGCUGGUCAGCCUUCAGCCGGGACAAGGCACCGUUCCCCUGCAGACCCUUCCACAAGCUGUGUGUCCCUCAGACCUGCAGCAGCUCUGGAAAGAGGUCACCGCUACCCAGCCUGUAGAAGACAGCAUCAAGCAAGAGGGCCUCGACCUGACCACCAACACUUCAAACUCUACCUCGUUUUCGGCCGCCAAGGUCUCGCCUCCCAUUUCCCACCACUCUCUCCCCAAUGGACAGAGCGCCAUGCUCACGCCAAGGAGGGACAGCAGCUCUUCUCAUGAAGAGAACCCCGGCUCCCACCCUCUGUACGGACACGGAGAAUGCAAGUGGCCUGGUUGUGAAACCCUCUGUGAGGACUUGGGACAGUUUGUCAAACACCUCAAUACGGAACACGCACUUGAUGACCGAAGCACGGCCCAGUGUCGAGUUCAAAUGCAAGUGGUACAGCAGCUGGAAAUACAGCUGGCGAAAGAAAGCGAGCGUCUCCAGGCAAUGAUGGCCCACCUCCAUAUGAGACCUUCGGAGCCGAAGCCUUUCAGUCAACCUCUGAACCUGGUCUCAAGCGCCACCCUCUCCAAGAGCACUUCAGAUACCUUUCCAGAUGGCUUACCUCAUCCCCCUACCUCCGCCACCGCCCCCAUCACUCCCUUGCGGCAGGGCCCAUCCGUCAUCAGCUCCUCCACCUUACAGACCAUGGGGGCCAUUCGCAGGAGAAACCCCGAAAAAUUCUGCCCCCCAAUAUCUUCAGAGCUUGCACAGAAUCACGAGUUUUACAAAAACACAGACGUCCGGCCGCCCUUCACGUAUGCCUCACUUAUCCGGCAGGCUAUCCUGGAGACCCCAGACAGGCAGCUAACGUUGAAUGAAAUCUACAACUGGUUCACGCGGAUGUUUGCCUACUUCAGGAGGAACACCGCCACCUGGAAGAACGCCGUGCGCCACAACCUGAGCCUGCACAAGUGCUUUGUGCGAGUGGAGAACGUCAAGGGAGCUGUCUGGACGGUAGACGAAGUCGAGUACCAAAAGCGAAGGCCACCAAAGAUGACAGGGAGUCCAACUUUAGUCAAAAACAUGAUUUCGGGACUCAGUUACGGAGCACUUAAUGCCAGCUACCAGGCAGCCCUGGCAGAGAGCAACUUCCCCCUCCUGAACAGCCCCACCAUGAUCAACACCAGCUCCACCAGCGGCAUGCUGCACAUCGGCCACGACGACGUGAGCAGCACCGUGGAACAAGUCAACAGCAACGGCAGCAACAGCCCCCGGCUUUCCCCGCAGCAGUACAGCCAUCAAGUCCACGUGAAGGAAGAACCCGCCGAGGCUGAGGACGACAACAGGCCUGUCUCUCUCAUGGCUACCACCAAUCAGAAUGUGACGAUCCCGGGGGACAGGGACCUGGAGGAGGAGCUGCCGGUGGAAGACUUGUCUUAAGGGCUCUCCCUCCUCACCUAGGGGCAAGCACUUCGCCCCUCCCCCCAGGUGGUGACCAAGCAAUGGCUCCCAUCUCCUCAAGGUGACCUUCGGCAUUAACCUGACAAAGCAAAAGGGUUUCUUCGGUGCAACCUGUUGCUGAAGGCACGUCCCCUCUCCCCCAGACCCUCCCAGCCCUGUCCCGGUGACUCUUAACAGACUCCCACAAUGGGGGACGUGCAGAGAAACAAAAAAACAAUCCCUCCCCCUUUGGUUAGUGAUUGGUGAACGAGGAUGGUAGGUUGUUUCUGUCCGAAAAUUUCUCCUUAUUUUCCCCACCCCGUUUUCCAACUUCAUGGCAAAAGGAAGGCACCUCCUGUCACGUUGGUUUUCUCAGUAUUUUGUUGGGUCUCAGUCCAUGCUCUGGGCUUUUCCAGUGGUGAUGGGACUACUCUGUUCCAUGCGAGGUUCUCCCCAAGCAACGUUCUGUGCAGCGGAGACAACGUCCGAGCUACAUGCCUCCAUGAAUGUUUCCCCAGCCCCCCACCACCACCUUCCCUUUGGAAAAAAUCAUCUGUGAGUCCAGGAACCCCACCAGUCAUUCUCCCCUCAGUGGGCUUUGCACUAGGAGAAACUUUUCACCUCACAGAUGCCACCUGCAGAUACCCAACCGGCGUCUGGCCUGGAAGUUCCAGUCACCCUCGUCUUGGUUCCUUUCCUGGCUAUGGAAGAAAAGAACAUGUCACGUCCAUAGGAGCCUGAGCUUGGCGUAACCUUACGCAGCCCCAUCAAGCUGUCACCUCCAGCAGGUCUUACUGCCAAAUGCUAAACCACUUGGAGAACAUAAUAGCCAACCUGUGUUUAUCUCCCACCUUCCUGACACCUGUUCCCUCUCUGCCCUGCUCUACAGUGGCAUAGUAGCAUCACGGGAGCGGUCCACUUUACCCACACAAACACAAACACUCCACAGCAGGGGCGGAUGCUCUGCCCUUGAGUUUUGUUCCCUUUGAAAACGAAGAAAGGACAUCUCUCCCGCCCCAUCUCGUGUGGUGGAAAUGUUGGAAGGACAGCAGCGGGGCCCACUCAGAAUCCAGUGCCCGGGCAUCAGAGAUCGAAACGAGAGCUGAAUGCCAGUUUGAAUUCAGGGAAAGACUUGAGCCCUUCUCUGCAGAACAGUGUAUCCAGUUCCUUCUCCUCCUCCCAGCUCCCCUUCCGUCCCCAUUCUGUGUCGAUGAAAAGUUCUCAUGGGGUGAAACACUGAGCAGGGUCUGUGCCUGCUUUGUGAAGCCUCCCUCUUCCCUUCCCCGGUGCAGGGCAUUUAAGGAAAGGGUGGUGAAUGGAAGAGACGUCCCCUGGGCCAUCCUGGCUUGGGUAGUCGUGUGUGCUGGUUCGUACUAGUGAAGCUGAGCGGGACGAGACAGCAGAAUCCAAAGGAGCGGGCAUGGGUCUGGCUCGGCUCUAUGAAUCAAAACAGGAGCUCAGCCAUCUGAGCUGACCGGGACAAUCCUAAAGCAAUACAUACUGUAAGGUAGUCGUGAGGCCCUUCCUCCACUGUGGACAGACAGAUCUGAGCUAGACCCAGGCACUCGGCUCCAGUUAGCCCACUGGCUGGGACAGCGUGCAGCCCGGGCUCCUGCCACCCUCGCCAUGUCAGAGACUUGGGCCCAGAGCCAUGGCGAACUGGGAGCAAGCGGUUUUUUUGUCAAGACAGGAAGAUACCAAAAGAUUUUUCGGGAUAGAAGGUCCAUAGUUCAGGUGAACAGACGGUAUUAAUGCCAAAAAAAAAGAGAAAAAAAUCCAAACACCAAACCCCUUCUCUCCCCUCUUGAUUUUUGUCAAUUGGUUAUUUGUGUAUUUGUUACCUCAGUCACACUGCCCAAGGGCUUUUCUCUUUGCAGAAAGCAGCAAACUUCCAAAGGUUCCUCUGUCCAGCCUCCCGGACGGGACGUUGAUACCCACCCCCCAGCACCAAUGAGACUUUGGCAAGCUGAACUGUCUGGUUACAGGAUUGGAUCCUGUUUGGGGAGUGUUGGGAGAUGGAGGCAGGUGGGUGUGUUUUUGAGAGGGUUUAGUCUCCUGGUGCGUCUCUAGAGCAGACCUGCUUCUCCUCUGGGACUUUCUCCAAGCUCUUUCAGGGCAGUGGAUUUACCCCGAGGAGCUUAUUUCAGCAAAGGAGCUUGUCACCAAAGCGAGCACGGUACCCCUGUCUGGUUCUCACCUCGCCUCAGCCUCUUUCUCCUUCACACCCAACCCUCCCCUCCCCUCCAUCUCCUAAAGGCAAAUUGCAGAAGCCAAGCUGAAUGCAGAAUGAAGUGCAGCUCCAGACACCCAAUGCCUCCUACUGAUGCAGGCCACAAGGGGCAGUCGGCACGGCAACGCACAUUUUAACAUUUUCUAAAGUUCCUCUCGGUGCUGGUUCUCCUACCCUCUCCUGUCGCAGACACCAUGUGCCAUUGAGGGGCGGCACCGAAUGAUGCAUUCUGGGGGAUGAUGGGAGCCCAGCUGCUCACAGUUUGGAUCCAGAUGCAAGCUUGCCCAAAGUCUCCCCUCACCAUGCUCUGCCCCUUGAAUAACCUCUCCCACCCCAGCAUGUCUGGAUGGAGCUAAAAGCCCUGGCCCGCUCUUUAUAGUCCUGUUUCAAAGAUUGGCAGGGUAUGAUUGAAAGUGAUUUCUCUGUUGAAUCAGUUCUGUCUCACACCCAACUCUGCUCCAGGGGCUUGUGGCAAAUAACUCGGUGCUCCCUGUAACUCAGUUUUCGUCUCGCUUUGCAGUCUUUCCCUUUAGGAAUGCAAGAUGGAGUCACAGUUCAUGAGGGAAGAGCCCUCAGCCUGGGGCAAGCGGGGUCAGGGCUGAGGAGGAUGCUGGGGGAUUGACAAGGAUCACGUAAAGGAAACGGGUUGGACAUAGCUACACCUCCCUCUCCUCCUCCCCCCUCCCCCCAGCUCCUUAAUGGAAGCUGGUGCUUUCGGAUCCCCCCUUCUCCACCCACUUGCAAGCUAUUAGCUGGGAUCCCUCCAGACGGGCCCCAUGCGGGGUAUUCGCUCCUGUAUGAUGUGCUUCAUAUUUGAAUCACCUGGGGCAGCAUGCACAGAAAUGGACACUCGGUAACCAAGAGUAUACGACAACCCCUUCUCUAUAGCCUGAUUCCCCACUCCAGCCCCUUCUCUUCUGCUGAGGUAGGUUGGGUAGCAGACGGCGCUUGGUCCCUCCAUACAGCCCAGGCCAAAUCGUUCCAGAUUAGGUGUCUCAAAUCCUUCCGUCUCUCUGUCCUUCCUGCUAAAUCCCUUUAGAGAGUCUCCUGGGACCCAGGAUUCCCUGCCCCCUCUGCUGCCUGAUAGAGCAACGGCUGACCUUCCAAUCAAGCAAAAAGGAUGAUCCCUUCCCAGAACCAGUCAGGGUGAUUCCGGUAUUGACCAGAGGGGUCACUGGAGAGUGACACUAGCAAUUCCCACCCACUAUUCCCUGCCCAUCCAUGAGCAAGGGACCAGACGAGAGUUUAGAACUCAGAUCCCCAUGCUUUGCUAUUGCGGCUCUUGGAGUUCUUAAAAUGGGAAGGUGCUAUAUAACUGCCAAGUGUUAUCUGCUUCACACCACUGGCCCCUGCUUUUUAAAAGCACUUCUUGUUGAGCAUCAGCCUGUAGAUAAUCCAGCUUUUUGGUCAACUUUGCACUCCCGCUCCCAGGUUUUCAAAGUCUUGAAUGGCUAUUUAAGAUCAGAGAGCAGCUGGAUUACCCACAGUAACCUAUGAAAAUUAUCCACCUCGCACCAAGAUUUCCCUUCUCAUCCUCUCUGUUAAAUUCUGUGUCACAGAAACCUGUGUUCUGACUGCUGUACAAUGGACAUGUAUCCAGUCUAGACAAAGUCUGGGGCGGAGGAGUGAAAAACAGUCUCUUAUUUUAUUCUUGCAGCUGGAAUGCAUGAAAGAAAUGCCACAGUCCCAGAUCAGAAUUGCUGCCAGCAUUCCCCAGAGCCCACACUAGGUGUCUCCCCUGAACAUGCGAGUUUCUUCCCCCCCCCCCCCCUCCCCCGGUCAAGUCUCUCUGAAACUGCAGAGAGAUUGGAAAGUUUCUGUCCAGGGGGGUAAAGAGCGGAGAAGAUGCCUUACAGAAACAGAGUCCUUCACAUCUGCGGGGAAAGGCGGGAGUGGGCGGGCAGUCCCAAAAGGGUUGCAGCUAAUGGAAGAAGGCAGUAGAAUUCCUAAUUACUACUCAAUAUCCAGCUACUUAUUUGGAGCCCUCUAGGGAGACUGGAAUAGCCACGCAAAGCAAGCUUGAUCCCCAGGCCACCUCCCUUGUAAAAAUACAAAGGUGACCAUGUUUGAUAGACAACCCGCUGAUGAAGUGUAGAAACUGAGAAUAAAACCUCAGCUCCCUUCCCGAGCUUCUCUGCAUUCCUUCGGGCACAGUUCAAUUCCAGAGACAGCUAGGGAAUAGGGACCUUUGAGACUCUAACCAGGUUCCCCCACACACACACCUGGCCUAUCCUCUUCAGCUUGAGACUGCUCUUAAAUCCCUCCUCAGCUCCCUGUACAGGCUGUUUUGCAAUUGGCAUAACUGUUGACCAAAGACCUUUUCCUGGGCCGGAAGCAUAAACCAAAACUUUUCCUUUAAACGUAUUUUGUGUGUGUGUACGUUCACUUUGCUCUGUCCCACCUGCCUGCCAAAAAAGAGAUGCCCGCAGAGUUUUUUCCCUAUCCGUCACUUGCUUUCUGUUGACUUUUAAGUUAUUGUUUUAAACCAAAGUUUACAGAUGCUGUUUGUACGUUUUUAUGAAGGUAGACCGGAAUUGUGCAUUACUGCUUUAUUGCUGUGUUCUCAACAAAGGGUAUGCUAGCGGGGCUUAGGGAUGGCUCCCAUUUCAUCUGUCUCCAGGGUGUCAGCUCUUGCUUUUGUCUCGCGUCUCUCUGACCCGUGUCUGUUAUAGAUCUUUUUAACCCCCUUAUUUCAACCUCGAACCCCUCGGCGGUUGCCUUUGCUGCAUACAUCCAGAUUUUCUCUGGGGAUUUUGCUUCAUUUUGGGGGAAUGUAACACUUCUAUUAUUUCAAAAAGGGCUUUUUUCCCUUUUAUUUUGUAUCCCCAAAAGUAUUAGGGAUUGUUUCUCUCUCUUCCUUUGCUCUCUAGCAGAGAUUCCCACUUGCUUUGGGCAGCCAGUUUUGGCUGAGAUCUCAUUGUAGCAUCUCUCGAGGAUGCAGCGAGCAUUAUCAGUACUUGAGAUACUUCAGAGUGGGUGCGAGCCCAGGUCCACGAGACACACUGCUCUUCUGCUCGAACGUAUCCCACAUUGAAUAUGUUGGCCAGUUGGUUCCUUUGUUAACCAAUCACACCAGGUUUGGGAGCUUCAACUUCAGCACUGUUAUCUUCCGGAGUUUCUCUCUGCCACCCUCUCAAACUGAAACCAUAUUCCUGGGGCGGUCACCUUGAUCUAUACACUUGCUCUUUUUUUUUUUUAAUGUUCUGCCUGGUAAAAUAUCCAUUCUGUGCACUUGGCACCCACAGCUGGUUCUGCGGGGCCCAGUACAGACGUGGAUGUAUUAAUAUGAUGGCUCUCGGUACUGUACAGUCAGGGUGAUGAGGUUUUGACCUGUAACCAUCCCCACUCGAGGGAGUCAUUUCUCUUUAGAAGUAGAAUUGUCUCUGUUUAAACCAGCGCCUCUGCCCUUCUGUCUGAGUUUGUUCAGCUCGAGCUGAUUAAACCAAAGGGUAAAGGAACAUGCCAACGCUUGGGGGAUAAUGCUGACCUUGCAAGCCAGUCAGGAGGGGUUUGGGCAAGGAUGGGUUUGUUGUUCUCACGGCCGCACUCUAAAGCAGCGGUGCCUGACCUUUGCCCAGCAGAGUGGGCCACAUUGACAUCUUGUCAGGAGCCAUAGGACCUAAUCCAAAGCCCACUGAAGUUAAUAGGAAAAGCCCCAUUAAUUUAAACAGGCUUUGGACGAGACCCUUCAUGUGACUAAAAUGGAAGCAGGUUCCAGUCACGUUCAAUAUGCAGAGGUAUACAUGGAGACCACAGGUCCCAGCAUGCAUUGCUGCAUCUCAAGCCAAGCCGCCUGGCCCCACCAUGAAAGUCUAAAUCAGGUCAGAUCCCAUAUCUAACCAUUUCUUAGGGUCCUGAUCCUGCUUUAUUUGACAUCAAUGGGAACCCUUCCACUGUCCUUAAUAAGAGCAGGCUCAGACCCUUAAUGGUGUUUGCGUUUGGAAAUAUCACCCAUGCAGGUAUUCCCAGAAAGGCUACUAGGUAUUGUGUCAGGCCACAGAGAAAUUCUAUAAAAAGCUCAGUUCCUAGGGCGAUCCUUAGCCCGCUGCCGGCCCAGUGCCAGAGAGGCAUCUCUUCCUACUUUGGAACUGACUAGCUUUAAAACAGCACAUCAAGGGUUAAAAACAAUCCCCUAACUGGCUCAGAGACAGAAAUUGAUAUUUUGUGUGUGUGAGAGAGAGAGGAAAAUCCCUGCACUUGAUCUCUCCUGAGAAAUCAGCUUGCACGGACGGCACAUGGUGGGACAUCUUCAUGAGGAGUCAGAAGAGGCCGUUGUGUGAAAUGAGGAGAACCUCCCUGAAAGCGGAUGCGUUCUGUGAGCAUGAGGCAUUUUUUCCCAGCUCCAGCGGAACAAUCUUUCCUUUCUUUUUCCUUUGUUUGUUUGCUUUUAUGUUAAAUAGUCACUCAUUGGGGAGAUGUGGUUAUCUUGCCUCUUCUCAUAGCACUAUCUGAGUCUCACGUCACUCCCUAGAACAUUUGGAUGUGUCACCAAUGCAGCACUCUCCCUGCGGAGCAAAGAUGCCCUGGAACAAGCAUGACUUUUGAUGUUUCUCCAAGGAGCAGAUUUUGCGUCUGGGUCUGCGCAGCCAACCUCUGUGUCACAAGGAAAUUAACAAGGUUUCACAUGACCUCAUGGGUUUGCCUGCACAGAUCAAGUGGCAAGAUCUAGCCUCCAAACAAGCUCUUGUGUUUAUUAAGCUGUAGACGAAGAGAUUUCCUGUCUCCUAGCUCCCUAUAGGUGUGGCCUGCUUCAGAAUCUCAAGUUGCAGUUGGAUUUUAAAAAGCCAUGUCUCUUUCAUGGGCUACAAAUUUGCUAGCUAAGAGUUGUGGCUUUCAUGCCACCUUCAUCAGAAAGUGAGCGUGUUCCUUAAAGGGUUACUGUCGAGAAUGUUCCCAUGUAUGGAUUCCAGUGAGUUUAAUUAGUCUGUUUCCAUCCCUUCUCCCCUCCCGCUUUGAUGAGUAAAUUUUGAAAGGGAGUUUCAAAAUCUGGUACACUUUUUUCAUCAUUGAUGCUGUUGGUAUAUAGAUAUUGGCACUUCAUUCAGCUUGGAGGGUGAAACUGGCCCGCUCCCUUUUUAUUUUCUGUUUAUGGUUCAUUUCACUUUCUCAUGCUCUUUGAACUUUGUUUUCUUCAAAACAAUUGUAUGAAAAUCAUUUUGAUGCUCUGUUUAGUGAAAUUCCAACCCCCCCCUUGAAAAACAUACCUGAAACUGGCUGGCACUAAACUACAUGCCAGACUCCACUCGAUAUUUUAGGAUAUGAUGAUUUUUAGAGGCAUAGAGCACCCUGAAAACGCUCUAUCUGGAGCCAGUGGGAGCUGCAGUGCCCCUGAAAAUCUGAUCUGGAAUUGAACAAAAAGGGGAUUCCCAAGUGAGACUCCUGGCUGCCAACACAGAUGUGAACUCCUAGAACUGAUGCUUCCACCUUAUGGUUUGUCUGUCCUGAGAAACUGCAUCGUGUUAGAACGUGUUAACUAAUAUGACUUAGGUAGGCAAAGAUGGUUGGGUUCCAGGAGUCAGUGGAGCGAUGCGGAUGAACACCAUCUGAUGAUCUGGCCCAGCAUCUUUUUUGUCUACAUUGCAGAUGCUGAUAUUGGUUACACUGGUGUAAAUGCAGAGUAACUCCACUAAAGUCUGCACGGUUACACGAGCGUGAGUGACAACCCUGUGGGCUUAAGCUCAUGUUAGCUCUAAUAAAAUGUGAUUUUUUUUUUCCAGUGUAGACAAGGCUGUAGCAGAAAGCACUCCUCCUUAACAGACCCAUAUCAAGCUAUAGAGAUAGGGCAAAAUGUGAUCCUGUAUUCUUGGGAAUAAACGACACCCACCCAAAGAUGUGCACACAAAACAGGGAACACACCCUGUCCGAUGGAUCUGCGACACAAUGGGUACCAAAGCUGUAAUUUCCUCUCUGAGAUCACCAUUGUCUAUCUGCUGAUAUUAUCCUUGUGUUACAGCCUUGCCAAAGCAUUAGCCCGACCCUGAAAGUUGGUAGCCCCAUGGCAUAUUGCCACCUCAUUCUAGAUAAGCCAAAAAGUUCAAUUUCAUUAUUAUUACUUUAGUAGUUUGAUGAUGAUACUUAAAAAAAAAAAAAAAACCCACUGUAUGCAAAACACACAUACGCCGCCACCCAUUGGAUGCACACAAGUACUGUUACAAAAAAGCAACUGGCUUGUGCUACUUUUUUCUCUGUUCGUCAACCAUAAUGUGUGUCCUUGUAUGUUGUUGUUACGCCAUGAUCUGGCUCAGAAGAGCACUAUAUAAAUUAUAUAUGAAUAUAUAUAAAUAUAAAGGGUUUUUAAACUG